AUGACAUGGGCUAUAAAAACUAAAAUUAGUCGAAUGGAACGCGAUGACUUUUCUCAAAACACUCUAUGGGAUAAAAUUGUAUUUAGUAAAAUUCGUCAUUUAUUUGGUAAUCGAGUUCAACUUGUUAUAUCAUCAAGUGCACCUCUUUCGGCUGAAGUAGCCAACUUUAGUCGAUCAGUAUUUUCAUGUCAAUUCGUUGAAGGAUAUGGUCAAACGGAAUGCAUAGCUGGAUGUUGGCAAAUUUCGGAUGAUAUCCGUUCGGGCGAAACAGGUAUUCCAACACCAGUUAAUCAUAUUAAAUUCAUCGAUGUGCCAGAAAAAGAUUAUUAUGCAAAGGAUCGUGUCGGUGAGAUAUGCAUUCGUAGUCAAGCCGUAUUUAAAGGCUAUUUGUAUGAUGAAGUGAAAACACACGAAACUAUUGAUAAUGAAGGUUGGUUACAUACAGGUGAUAUAGGCCAAUGGACAAAGAAUGGAACCAUGAAAAUAAUUGAUCGAAAAAAUUCUGUAUUUAAAGUGAGUGAUUGCCUUUAUCAAAUAUGGCGAAGAAACACGUUUUUUUAA